AUGUCAGGAUUAAGAUACAUUGAUAACGCAAGGAAAAUAUUGUGUAUUGGGCGUAAUUAUGCCGCUCAUAUUAAGGAAUUGAAUAGUGCUAAACCUCAACAGCCAUUCUUCUUCUUGAAGCCAUCCUCGUCGAUUUUGAAACCGAACAAUGGACCCUUUUUAGUUCCAAAAGGUACCGUUGUGCAUCACGAAGUUGAAUUGGGUAUUAUUUUGAAUAAAACGUUGGUGGACUUACCGGAAAGCUUUUCUCACGAGCAAGCGUUGGAUUGUAUUGAUGGUUAUGCAUUGUCAAUCGAUAUGACAGCUAGAAAUGUUCAAGAUGAAGCUAAGAAGAAGGGUUUGCCAUGGUCAAUUGGUAAGGGGUUUGACACUUUCUUGCCAUUGUCGCAGUUUAUCCCUAAGUCACAAAUCCCUGAUCCAUAUGAUGUUGAAUUGAGUUUAAGCAUCAAUGGACAAGUCAAGCAGAAAGAUAGAACCGAUCUUAUGAUUUUCCCAAUCCACAAAAUAUUGUCUCAUAUGUCGGCAAUCAUGACUUUGGAAAAAGGUGAUCUUAUCUUGACUGGUACUCCAAAAGGGGUUGGUCCAGUUGUUCCUGGUGAUAAAAUCAAGGCUACUAUUACAGCGGGCGGUACGGUUUUAAACGAUGCAACCAUUGAGAUAGAUACCGAACAAAAACCUGGUCCUUAUGAAUUUAAAGAAACCUAG